AUGUGGGGCCAGUGCAGUGACGCUUUCCCAUACAAGACGGACAACGUGCUGCUGAGCUACAAGCAGGUGCCCCUCAUCACGUCAGCCUGGGCCAGCCUGGAGUCGGGUGCGGCGAGCUUCGUCAGCUGCGACGGCGAACAGCCGCAAGACGUCGUGCCCCCGGGGACGCUCCAGCUGCCCGUCGCCGCCCACGCCAUCAUCAUCGUCUACAACGUCCCUAACGUCACCGCAUCCUUGACUCUGGACGGACCAACGCUGAGCCGAAUCUGGUCGGGCAACAUCACCAAGUACAACGACCCGCAGCUGACGGCCCUCAACCCCGGACUGCCGCUUCCCGACCAUGACAUCAUCCUGGCUUACGUGCCGACGGACGACGGCAUCUCCACCCUGUUCAAGCGGGCUCUGGCUUCUUUUGGUGAUGAGUUCAAGAGCGCCAACUUCUCCUUUGACGAUCUCUUGCCCGUCUCGCAGAACCGGACCUACCGAGCGGCGAAUAUGAUCGACCGCCUCAACUACGCUGUGAACAACAAGUACGUGAUGACCUAUGUCGAGCGUUCGAACACCUACAAGCGAAGGCUGCCCUUGGUGAACAUGAUCAACAAGGCCGGCAACAACAUUACGCUCAACGCCACCGCUGCCAAGAGCGCCAUGGACGACUACAGCGCCGUCGUUCGUUCCGGCAAUCUGGUCACUGACGUAUUCAACGGUCCCGGCGCGCUCUCGUGGCCGAUGACCUUCGUGAUCGUGGCGGCCACCCGCCAGGAGUUCAAUUCGUCGGUGACCGACUGCACGACUGUGUCAUCGAUGGCCGACAUCUUCAGCUGGAUGCAGGUCAACAACCAGAUCUCCACGGCCAUCGCCCGCGGCGGCGCGUUCACGCUGACGACAGUGUACUACAAGCGGAUGAUCGAUGGUUUGGGCAGCAUCAAGUGCGGCGGUGUGCGUGCCUUUAACUCGUCGUAUCUCAUCGGCGAGGGCACGGCGAUCAACACUGUCAGCGAUUGGAUUCAGGGCUACAAUGGCAACACCUUCACGCAGAAAUACUUCUCCGUGCCCUCGGUGAAAGCCAUCGAAGACUUGGAUGCCGGCGACAUCGACUUUGCCAUCGGCCUGCCCUCUGGGGUAACACUGUCGAACAAGCGCAGCGUGGAGAAUCUGGACGGCGUUGAGGCCUUCCCCGGCGCCGCCGCUGCUGUGAUCCCCGUCUACAACAUCCCUGAGCUUCAGGCCUCUUCUCCAUUGGUGUUGAGCAUCGAUGUUCUUGCCGAGAUCUACCUCGGCCACGUGACUUCAUGGAACGAUCCCUUGAUUCAAGCUCUCAACCCCGGCGUUGUUCUCCCCGAGCAGCAGAUUGUAGUCAUCAUAACUACGUCGAGCUCAACUGUGACCUCCGCUUUCACCAAUGCUCUCGCCAAGCGCAGCCAAGAGUUCAACAUAACGGUGGGCUCGAACCUGAGUGUCACUUUCCCAAUCCAAGCCCUGAAUCACACCAUCAGCGGCCCAUACUCGAUUGGACCUCUGCUUGAGUUGGCUGGUCUUACGCCGUACUCACUCACCUGGACCCUUAGCGGCAACAUCAACGCCAACAUCACCUUUGCCUCGCUCCUUAACACGGCCGGGACCCAGGUAGUGGCGGCCACGGCUUCGUCCGUAUAUGCUGCUGUGUCCGACCUAUCACAGACCAACAUCGGCAUCAUUGGCCAGUUCACUCUAUCUACCCAUCCUACGGCAUGGCCGAUCGUGACGAGCCUGCCCUUCCUGCUGCGGUUGAGUUCCGAGACGUUGGACUGCUUGAAGACCAAGACGCUCAUCAACUGGAUCUAUUGGACGCAGACCGAGGGCCAGGCCUUCCUCCUGGCCGAAGGGUCGGGCACCAUCUCAGCUGGCCAGGUGCCCUUUAUCCAGCGAAGCACUCUCUCCUCGCUUUCUACGUGUGCGUGCUUCUCGGGCUAUGGAGGGAACUUCUGUGAACAGACCUUCCAGGCCGCCACCAGCUCGUCCGACAAUCUUGCCCUCAUUCUCGGCAUUGUUAUCCCGAUAUCGGUGGCGCUGUGCCUUCUUCUUCUGUGCCUCAUUCUCGCCGUGGUCUGCUUCACCAAGUACAACCGCAAGAACCGGGAGGAGUGGAACCUCAACUGGGACGAGCUCGACAUGGGCGAACCGCUGGGCGCGGGCGGCUACGGCGAGGUGUUCAAGGCCAAGUGGCGCGGCACCGAAGUCGCCGUCAAGAUGGUGGCCUCGACCACGCAGGUGACCAAGGAGAUGCAAAAGUUCUUCGCCGACGAGAUCCACGUCAUGACCACGUUGCGCCACCCGAACGUGGUGCUGUUCAUGGCGGCAUCCACCAAGCCGCCCAAGAUGUGCAUCGUCAUGGAGUUCAUGGCCCUCGGUUCCCUCUACGAUCAAUACCACCACCACGAACAGUUGCUGCACAACGAGUUGAUUCCCGAGAUUCCGUUCAAGCUCAAGGUCAAGAUGGCCUUCCAGGCGGCCAAGGGCAUGCACUUCCUCCACUCGUCGGGCAUCGUGCAUCGCGACCUCAAGUCCCUCAAUCUGCUCCUCGACGCCAAGUGGAACGUCAAGGUGAGUGACUUCGGAUUGACCACGUUCAAGAGCAACAUCAAGAGGGGCGGUGCGGCCGGGGUGGCGACCGUCCACUGGAGCGCGCCAGAGGUGCUCAACGAGUGCCACGACGUGGACUACAUCCUGGCCGAUGUCUACAGUUUCGGAAUCAUCCUGUGGGAGCUCCUCACCCGCGAGCAGCCCUACAGUGGCAUGAGUCCUGCGGCAGUGGCGGUGGCGGUUAUUCGAAACAAUACGCGUCCGACGCUGCCGUCGUCGAUUGAAGACACGGAUCGCGACUUCGUGGAUCUGAUGCAGGCGUGCUGGCACGAGGACCCCACCAUUCGCCCGACCUUCCUCGAGAUCAUGACUCGGCUCAGCUCGUUCGAGGGCGGCAUGUCGCGUUCCUCCUACACCUCCCACUCGUCGUCCAGUUCUUCGAUGUCGUCUACAACGGAUCAUCGCACCAACAAGCUCAGCCACCACUCGGGUCGGUCAAGCUCGACGGCCUCGUCCGGCGACGGGUCGUCUGGCGACUCCACGCACGGCUCGGGCGUGAUGGUGCCGCAUGGCGUCCGCGCUCCCGACGGCGAGGUGGCGAUCGUGUUUUCGGACAUCACGCGCGCGGCUUCUUUGUGGGAGCACGAUCCGGCCGCCAUGCGCGAUGCCACCGCCGCACACAACGAUCUCCUGCGGUCGCUGGCGACCAAGUACGGCGGAUACGAGGGCGGCGUGGGCCGCGAGCGGAACACAGGCGAGGGCUCCUUCUGCCUCGUGUUCGUGCGUGCCUUCGAUGCCCUGCGCUGGUGCGUCGAAGCGCAGAACGCCCUGCUCGCCGUGGCCUGGCCCGAGACCUUGCUCUCGCACCCGGGCGCCGCCGAGGAGGUCGACGGCGGCAUGGACGAGCGCACGGUCUUCCGUGGUCUGCGGGUCCGCAUGGGCGUCCACGUGGGCCACCCGCGGGUAGUGAAGGACGCCAUGACCCGACGCGUCGAGUAUGUGGGGUCGGCGGUGAACACUGCAGCGCGCAUGACCGCGCUGGCACACGGCGGCCAGGUCGUGGUGUCGCAGCAGGCGAGCGACAAGCUCGCCGUCGAGGUGACGGCCGUGGCCUCCACCGAGCGGCUGCUGACCGAGCUCACCGAGGAGAAGCGGCUCAAGAAGCUGGGUCGGUUCGAGAUGCCCGACAUGGUGGGUGGCGCCACCCUCUACGAAAUGAAGGUGCCGGGCCUCGAGGGCCGGUACUUCGGCCGCAUGGCCCUGCAGAAGGGCUACGGCGACAACGACAACAGCAACUCGAGUUCGUCAGUGCACAGCGAUGACGGAUCGAUGAGGGACAGGGUGGGCGAGGCGAUGGCCUACAAGGAAGAUCACUUCCUCACGUCGGCCAACCUCUGUCGAUGGGUACACCCCCCCAAGAACAUCAGCGGAGACGGCUAUGGCCCACCAGCUGACAAACGCAAAACAAAACAGGUCGGAAUGGGUAGCUACGGUAUGGUGUACAAGGGCAUGUGGAAGGGCGUUGAGGUGGCGGUGAAGAAGUUCAUCCAACAGAAGCUCGACGAGCGGCGCAUGCUCGAGUUCAGGGCCGAGGUGGCGUUCCUCUCGGAGCUGCACCAUCCCAACAUCGUCCUCUUCAUCGGGUCAUGCGUCAAGCGACCCAAUCUGUGCAUCGUAACCGAGUUCGUGAAGCGCGGCAGUCUCAAGGAGAUCGCGGCCGACCACACCAUCAAGCUCAGCUGGCCUCUCAAGCUGCACAUGCUCAAGAGCGCUGCCCUGGGAAUUAACUACUUGCACUCCCUCUCACCCGUGAUUGUGCACCGGGAUAUCAAGCCGUCGAACCUGCUGGUGGACGAGAACUGGAACGUGAAGGUGGCCGACUUUGGCUUUGCGCGCAUCAAGGAGGAGAAUGUCACCAUGACCCGCUGCGGAACACCCUGCUGGACCGCGCCGGAGGUGAUUCGUGGAGAGAAAUACUGCGAGUCGGCCGACGUGUACAGCUUUGGCGUCGUCAUGUGGGAGGUGGCCGCGCGCAAGCAGCCGUUCGCCGGCUGCAACUUCAUGGCGGUGGCCAUCGAAGUGCUGGAAGGCAGGCGGCCCAAGAUUCCUGCUGACUUGCCUCCUGUCUUCAAGAAGCUCAUCAAACGAUGCUGGCACCGGGACCAAGCCAAACGCCCCACCAUGGAGGAGGUGAUAUCCACCCUCGAUGACCUGAAGGGCGUCGCCAACCAGGACAAGGUGUGA